AUGUGGACUCCAUACAACUCAGCCAUAUCCCAAAAUAGGCCUAUACCCUUAACGCCUGUGCAAGGUGUGCUGGGGCGCCAAGCGAUGUUGCCUUGUGAUAUUUCGCCUAUGGAACGGGAUGAUGCCGUUUAUAUGGUACUGUGGUUUCGAGAGGGUGAUGGCGAGCCGAUUUACAACUUCGAUGUACGUGGCCGCCAAUUUGGGCAGGCGCGGCUAUGGUCUUCUGAAUUAGCAUUCGGGCCACGCGCCUACUUCAGCAGCACGUCACAUCCUGCGCAGCUAAAAAUCGAUAAUAUACGCAUCGAGGAUGAGGGCGUCUAUCGAUGUCGCGUGGAUUUUCGCAAUUCACCAACACGAAAUCUGAAAAUCAAUCUCACCGUCAUUGAAUCACCAAAAACAAACUAUUGUUUUUCCUUCUCUUCUACUGCGCCAUUUCCACUGUUACUGUUGACGUUACUACAUCUGUGGUCUUCAUUUAUGCCCUUUUGUGUGUGUUUGGUCAAUACACUACCAACAGGACGGCCACGUCCAAAUGUAACAUGGUAUUUAGAUAAUACGGUGAUUGAUGAAUCUUUCGAGCAUCGCCCGGACGGCAAGACUGUUAACCACUUGUCAUAUCCAAAUAUUGGACGACAACAUUUGAAUGCGAGAUUAGUUUGUGUGGCGAGCAAUACGAAUUUGACGCCACCAAACAACAAAGUGGUCAUACUGGAUGUCAAUCUAAAACCCGUUGCAGUUCAUAUAAUGACAAAGGAUCGCUUCGUAUCUGCUGAUCGCACAUAUGAUAUUGAAUGCAAGUCUUCUGGUUCAAAGCCCGCUGCUGUUAUCACAUGGUGGCGGAAUAAUAAGCAGCUGAAAAAGUUUACAAAGAAUUUUAAUGAACCCGACAAUCAAUCUUUGAGUAUAUUGACAUUUACACCCACUCGGGAGGACGAUGGCAAGUAUUUGACGUGUCGCGCCGAAAAUCAGUUCAUCGAAGGAAGCGCCAUUGAGGACAAAUGGCGUAUGGUUGUGCACUAUCAACCAACAGCACACUUGAAAAUGGGUUCCUCACUAAAUCCCGAUGACAUUAAAGAGGGCGAUGAUGUCUACUUUGAAUGUGUGAUACAAUCAAAUCCAAAACCAUAUAAAAUGUCGUGGUUUCAUAACAAUAAGGAGCUGCAUCACAACAUUUCAGCUGGCAUCAUCCUUUCGGAUCAAUCACUCGUACUGCAGAGUGUCUCACGUGCAUCCGCUGGUGAUUACACGUGUUUGGCUGUGAAUUCAGAGGGCAGGGGCGCCAGUAAUCCGGUUUCGUUGCGUAUACGCUUUGCACCCAUUUGUGCCACCGAUCAUGAGGAGCUACUUGGCGCCCUAAAGCAUGAAACGCUGCUGCUUAAAUGUGAAGUGGACUCAUCACCGCCAGCGGAGGCAUUUACAUGGACAUUUAACUCGUCCGGUGAACAAACGGAGUUGCCCGCGCGGCUGCAUUCGACGGAGACUGGCAUGUCGCGUUUGAACUAUACUCCCGCCACAGAUCUCGACUAUGGUACAAUAUCUUGUUGGGGACGAAAUUCUAUCGGAAUGCAAAAAAGCCCUUGUGUUUUUCAAAUUGUAGCCGCUGGUCGUCCAUUUCCAUUACAAAAUUGCACAGUUACAAAUCAAUCCACCGAUUCUAUACAAGUUGACUGCUUGGAGGGAUUCGAUGGUGGCCUACCCCAGGGUUUCAUAUUGGAAUUGGUUGAAUUGAAUAACCUGCGCUUGGCACGAAAUUUGAGUUUAAUGCAUCCUCCUGUGAGUUUUCUAAUAGAAAAUCUCGAUCCCACAGCCACGUACCGCAUGAUUAUAUUCGCCAUGAAUGCCAAAGGACGUUCAGAGCCAACAAUAAUCGACGACAUAAACUUCAAGGGAGUUGCAAAAUUCACAGGUGCAUCAAAUGGCUUGACUGUUCCUCUUUCACCUUUUUUGGCUGGUUUGACGCUUUUCUGUGCUCUGCUCUUUGCCAUUUCAUGUAUUGCUUUGGCUGCGGUUUACAGAAGAUUCUCGAACAGGCAAAAUGAUGGUAAUUUAAAACCAACGAAGCACACGCAACUUUCAAUACCCUCCGAUUGUCAGCUAGACCCAUUGCAACCGAACAACCACCACCAUCAACAUUUACAACAUAACCAUGAGCAAAGUAAUCAUCAACCACAUCAUAGCCUAUUACAGGGAAACGGCAAUGAAGGUGUCAAUGGGGGCGGCGGCACAUCACCAUCAGUCGGUGGUGGCAUUGGUAGUGGUGGUGGUAUAGGUGGUAUGGGCGGCUUGAUUGGCUUAGAUACAUCAACAUUGCGGUCAACGGCGAAUAGUCAUCAUCGACAAAGUCCACUUGUAAUGGGUGAGGCGUUGGAAGGGGAUGACACCGAUCCAGAUGUUAUACCCAAUCAAUAUGAAAAACGUCCACUUAAGUCACUGGUGGCCUCGCCCAUAUUUCGUAGCCCCUCAGCGCGUCUACUACAGCGCGACUAUAGCAGUCUUGCGGACACGGAACGCGCUGGUACAAUGAGUAGCGGGAGCGUAAUUGGGGGCAUAACGAACAGCUCCACAUUGAGCAGUGCCGAUGGCAUCUCCAGUCUAGGCUCAUUGGUGGGCAACAGCAGUGUUGGUAGUGUUGGUGGCAUUGGCGUUGGCAACGAAGUGUUGCACUACACAUUUAGGCCAAGCAAACAAUUGAGUUAUGCAACAUUAAAUAAGAAGGGUAUAACAACAUGUAGUCCACCGCUAAAUAUAUCACUAUAUAAUACAACAACGACAACAUCAUCAUCACUCUCAUCCACAUAUCAUUCGACGCCACAACCGCAACCAAUGGAAGUAAGUUUACUCAGUCCGAAUAAUCCAUCGGUGACGUCAUCGCUGAGCGAAUAUCGAUUUCGACCGGAAGUGGUAACCACAUCGAAUCGCAUACAGGAAAGUUGUAUAUAAAUAAAUGUAAAAUUUAUAAAUAUUUAAA